AUGGAUAUCGUUUUUUAUUCUAGGAUGCAAAACUCAGCAAACACCUAUCUUCUGUUUCUUGCCUGCAGCGAUUUUCUAGUCAUACUCACGGGUCUCUUCAUAUUCUGGAUAGGUGAGAAGAACUUCCCAAACUUGUAUAAGAAUAAGAAAAGAAAGAACUGGUCUGCUGGAAACUGCAAGCCAAGGAUUAUUGUACCAUACGACGAGCAAAGCAAAUAUGUUCGACGAUCGUGGUAG